GUCAACCGUCAACUGUUAAACGCCGUGUGUCCCUCCUCGACUCCCUCCUCCCCUCUCACUUUCUCUCACAAUCCCCUUCACGCUCAAUCAUGGAGGACUCGCCGAGUGACUAUCCCAGCGACAUUAUCUACACUCAGGAGCCGCUCUCGGGAUACAAAUUCGGGGGCUACCUGCCAGUCCAUCUGGGCGACACAUUUAAAGAUGGCCGCUACACGAUACACCAUAAGCUCGGGUGGGGAGGAUACUCCACCCUCUGGCUGGCUCAUGACAUCCAGAAAAAUCGAUGGGUCUCACUGAAGAUCAAAACGGCCGACACCUCGCAGAGUUCCCAAGAACUCCCCAACCUUGAGCAGCUGGAGAAACUUGCCGCCCCACACGGUCUGGGGUCGAGGUACAUCUGCCACCUCCUCGACGCCUUCAUCCACUACGGCCCCAACGGCAUCCACCAAUGUCUCGUGUUCGAGAUGAUCGGUCCGACCGUCGAUCGCAUCAUCAGUGACUACCGCGAGCUUUCCGAUUCCCUCGAUCCGCAAACCAUCCUUAAACUGUCGAAGCAGCUUCUCAAGGCGGUUGAGUUUGCCCAUGCCGCGGGAGUGGGGCAGCUAGAUAUCAGCGGCAGAAACAUUGUCUUCGCUGGGAAGAGUCUGUCUUAUGUAUCGGAAAGCAUCAUUUUUGCCGUCUUUGGCUCUCCGGAGCACGAACCGGUGACACGUCUCGAUGGCACCCCGCUGCACAAAGGCUUCCCACCUUCUCUGAUCAAACCAGUCAAUUGGGAGGACUGGCUAGAGGAGUUCCAUGAGGAUAUCCGGAUUCUGGAUCUUGGCGAAGGCUUCUUCCAGGAAGAAAUCGCUCCCCAACUAGCUCAACCCGGGCCAGCCCGGGUUCCUGAACUAAUUUUCACGGAAACGUCGGAUUACAGGGCGGAUCUAUGGCGCACUGGCUGCAUGCUUUUCUUUUUCGUGUUCGGGACAUACCCAUUUCAAUCCGAGGUCGAUGAUGAGGUUCUGGUUGCGGAGAUGGUUGACCUCCUGGGGGACUUGCCCGAGGAAUGGCAGCCGACAUGGGAUGAUAUGCAAGAGACCUUUGAAGAGGGAAUGGACUUCCAGGGCGAUGAGAUUCUGGAUUUGGAGGGACUGUUCAACAAGGAAAUCAAUGAGCCAGACCUCGCUCCCCUCGUGCCGGUCAUCAGAGGGUUGCUGGGGUUCCUGCCUUCUGAGCGCAUCACAGCGUCGGAAGCACUUGAUCUUUUGGGAUCUGAAGAUGAGGAUCAAUUUAAUUAGUCGCUUUGCAUUAUUGCAACGAGUGAGAGUAUAUGCGUUUUGAAUAUUAGUUACGAAUAUAAGAGUCAGAAAGAAGC